AUGCAUUCAUUGCGAUCCAGGGUCAUCAAACUGUGCAAGACAGUAUUUAUUGAUCCGGAGUGGGGCCGCCGAAUUCUGGAUAGAGUCUGGAAAAGCUGUUAUUAUUCGGUCAUAUGCCGAAUACGAAGAGCUGCUCUGAGUGUGGAACAGAAGAAUUGGACAGAAUUGCUGAUUUCAACAUUUGUAAAAGAAUUAUGCGUUUUCGCCAAUGACUUUCCACAUUUACGUGCAACAGCAUGCCUGUACAUCGGUGAUCUGCGGCGCUAUGCAUGGCUGAUCUACGGGGUGGAGAAAUACAGAAAUUUGGCACUGCUUUGUUACCGGAAAUCGGCUAAAUUAGAUGAAGAGAAUGGAAUUGCGUUGAAUCAACUUGGUCUGCUCAUUCAGGAAGCCAGUCCAACUUGUGCCUUGCUAUAUUUUCUGCUGGCUAAUAAUGCACAACUGCCUUUUGACGGUGCCUAUACAAAUGUCAUUAGUUUGUUAAAACAGCAAAGAGAGCAAAAGAAGGAAGAUCCUACGGUAGCCAUUCUUGAGCAUUGCUUCACUUGUUUCAGGCAGUCAUAUUUUGAGGAACUCUCGACAAAGUUAUUGGAGUACAUGAUAUCGCAGUUAGAAACUCGACAUGCAUUUCAUGUUGCUUUGUCAAUUAAUAUUAUCGUCCUAGCAGCUACUGCUUUGUUAAAAAAAGGGAAAGAAAUAGAAUUGCGAUCCCUAAGCAAGUUGUUCUUUCGAAUUUCGGAAGUUACAAUUCGGAACCUGGAAGAAUGGUAUGCAGCAGAAACUGAAGCAGCUGAUUUACGAAGACGCCGAGCUUCGUCUUCUGAUGGAAGUGUGGAAGGGGCUGAAAUAGAGGACAGAGAGGAAAGACAUUGCUCGCGGUCCUCAUCACUGGAAAAAGAUGUGAUUUCGGAGGAUGAAGAAACAUUAGUUGAAACAGACGAAUUAUCUCUCUGUAAACGAAAUCAUGAAACACAACAUAGAAUCCAAACACUUCUUGUUGCUUUACUUCAUGCAGCAACUUCUUUAGCUCCGCAUGUGUAUAACGACAAAGUACCAUCAGCACUUCACUGUCAGUAUGAAGAUUUUUGUCAACAGUUGAUCCAAUUUUUAAAUCUUCUGGAACUGCAUUUGGAGGGCAAAUCAGAGAACUUGUGGCAGCUCGGUAGCCUAACUCCGUGGUUCUUACUGCCACGAUUUUUGCAAACUUUUGUUUAUUCUUCGCAUACUCCUGUUGAAUUCGAUGAAUUCUUUGUAUAUACUCCGAAGAAUUCGAUGAAAGAAAAUAAAAUGAAAAAUAUGGCAAAACUUUGGCUCGCGCAUGACACCGAAAAGGAGCACAUACGAACAUCUUUACCAUUAUAUGUUGUUCCGCAAGAGGAUGUUUUACUGCAGCAAUUGGAAGUUAUGAAAAAGAUCCUAAACAAAGAUAAACUUUUAGUAGCUAUAGCAGAAGGUACAUUUCGAAGUUUGGAUAUGAAAAAAGGUAAACCAGAGGUGCGGAAAGCGUUACGUUGGAUCAAUGCGCAUAUAUCGAAAGAUAAUGGCCGUCUACGAAUUAUACCGAGUUCGACACCUGAAAAGUGUGCGGAAAAGUUAUCAGCACAAGCACCGACCACAUCCACUGUAUUCGUUACGAUGCUGACAUUAUUGCAGGUGGAAGCUAAUUCAGUUAUCAAACCGAUAAUGGUGGAAAAUGUUGAAGAUUUUUGUGCUCGAUAUGACAAAGCUGAGAAGGAUUUCUUGCUGUGCCACUGAUACGUGUACUGAAUGAAUGAUGGUCGCAAAAUAGUUAAGGAUGAAAUGAAUUGUGCUGCUGUAAGUUACGUUGAAAGCACAAAUUUUCACUGAUCGGGAACUCAUUGUUGCGAUACGGUGUUCUAAGGUCAAAAGUGCUAUUGGCAACUGAUGGUUAAGUUCACGUCGAAUCUUUGACCACGAAACAUUUAAGCUUAAGCAAAAUUUAAGCGAAGAAAUGGUGUAUAGUAUCACUGGUGAAUUUAUGGAUAGUAGGACAAAUCAAUGCUAUGGUCUAAUGUCAAGUUUAAAGAGUGAUCCAAAUUGUGUCAUGUCUUGGUGGUUGUAAUUCUACCCAAUUGACAACCGUUAACAUAUUAUAGAGCUCUCCAGAUCCAAAUCACUGAAAUUUGGAAAUUACGAAAUUGUCUUCCUGUUUUUUUAAAAUUAUUCUUGAUGGAAAUUAAUGUCUGUUUUCAUCACGUUGUGCACA